AUGAAGAGAGUUUCCAGAGCCAUUGAAUUAAUGCAUAUUCUACCACAAUUAAGGGAUACUAUAUUGAGCUUCUUCUACUUUGGUCUUGCAUGGGUAUUGCCAAUAUAUUUUUGUGUGUGCUUAAGAAUGUACAAACCUAAUCAUAUGGAGGAAGCAACUAUUUGGUUUGAUAAAGAGUUGGGAAGGGAAGUUGAAGACAUUGUGGUUGGAAGUGGUCCUUUCUUCUAG